CUUUCCAGAACAACUGUUUUGUAAUGGAAAAUAAAACAGAUCAGCCAAACACAACGAAUACUCCUGCUGACAUCCAGGAGUGUCUGAGAUUUACUCUUGCUCUCUACUAUGACUUGGGGAUGCCUAUUUAUGCGAUGGUGGCCACAAUUAUUAUAACUUUUUUCGAAAAAAGACGAUGUAAAGCAGAAUUCUGUCAUGGUAGGCCAGGACUUCCAUUACCAACCAACUUCUUAGAUGGAACUACAAAUUCCAUAGCAAAUGCUGCAGCCUUUGGAUGUACUCUUGAACAUAUUAUGUACUAUGUAUUUAUUGGCCCUAUAAAAUGGACAAACGAGAGAUGGUUAUUUUCACUCCAGCUUCUCCUUACAUGCUUCCUAAUGUCUUUAGUAUUUUACCCAAUAUUUGCUUGCUUGAAUUCACCAUCAAGACUUUUUGGAUCAACUAUCGGAUUUUUCUACACCUUAUUAUUGACUCUGGUUGUAUUUAAUCAAAAUUACCUCUGUAACCAGGGAGCAUGGGAGUGGGCAUUUUACGUGGUGGUUCUAAUUUGUGAAACUUAUCUGUUGGUUCUUUUCAUUUACCGUACAGUUACAUCACUGUCGAAGAAAUCGGUCAAUUGCAAAGAACCUCUCGUCAAAGUAGAUCAAUUGUUACAUGUCCGAGAUUUGGUCCGGAAACCCAAAAACAGUUCUGAAGAAAAUAGAAUAAAAAAGAAGAUAAUUAAAUACGCACACGGUAUUUUGGAUGAGGCAAAGCUAUGCUGUCUACACAAAAGUCUAUACAGAUGUACCACGAGGACUGUUGCCAUCAAUACAAUAGUCUUGCUUGUCUUUUAUUAUGCAUUCCUAUUGACCAUCAUUGUAUCCAAGAAUUUAGGACAAUUGUAUGAUGACCUUUCGUCAAAAGAAUACAUCUUACUGGACUCGAUCAAAAUUUCAGAGAAAGUUCGCCGCUAUUUGCAAACUGGAACACAGGUUAUUAGAGUCUCCCUUAUCAUCGCUAAUGUCCUUUCAGCUGUUUAUCUAAUCGCCAAUAUGGUCCUCAUCUAUCGCUCUCAGAGACAACAUAUCAUUCAGAUAUGGAGAGGAGACAGAUCUUUCAUUCCUAGAAAUUGUAUUCAAACACAUGGUGAUAUGGUGAUGAAAAGUUUGAUGUAUGCAGGAAACCAAGUUUCGCAUCUUCUUGGAGGUUAUAUAAUUUCACAGACAGUUGUGUUUUUAUUCUGUGUUCUCCUGGCCUAUUGUGUUGUCUUACCUAUCAUGAAAGAGGUUCCUGUAAGCUUCCUUUCACCAUUGGAGGCUUUAUUACCUGGAGUGGUAUUCAUGUUCAUUUUUCGAGUUGUUCUUAGAAUCAUCAGUCGUAAAGCUUUCUUACAAAAUCAUUACAUCAGUUCUGACAACGGUGAACAUUGGGAGAAAGUACUGGCUUUGGACAACAGGCGAGUGUACCAGAACUUGUCCUAUUUCCUGUUUUUCUACUAUAUACUGAUAGGUUUAUUCAGAUGUCUGUACCGUGUUAUGAUGUCCAUGUGUUUGGGACUAUUUUACAUAGCGCGUAUGGAUAGAUCUGUGUUAUUUCCUGGAUAUGAACAUCUUGAUAUAAGUUAUAUGACGUACCUUGGCUUCCUGGAAGUAGAACUUCACCAUUGCCACCCAGUAGUUGUUGUUUUUUGUGACCAGAUGAUCAAAGCUGUAAAACUGAGCUCCUCUUCAUCCAGUAAAAAACACAAUUCAUUGCAAAAUGCUCAUGAAAGUAGCGAGUAUGAUUUUUCCCAAGGCUACACAGCUAAAGUAAGAAAUAAGUGGCAAAAGAUGAAAACUUUGAUCUGUAACCAGACACUUUGUAAAGAUUCUAAAUCAAAUUGUUCUUUUGAGCAUCCUCUUCAUGCCAAGAAAACAGUAGUGGAAUCCUCAAUAAUUACACCCCCCGACAAAGUGUAAAUAAAAAGUAUUAAACCAA